ACCGUCCCAGAUAUUAGUUGCCGAGUUCCAGGGCAGGCGAACGUGUGUUUCGGGGGUGCCGGCUGGCGUUGCCGGCACCAUGGAGUCCCCUUUUAGUCCGGGACUCCCUCACCGGCCGGAUGAAGAGUGGGAUUCUGCCCUCUUUGCUGAACUUGGCUAUGAUGACCUGCAAUUGGAUGCGGCAAAUGAAACUUAUGAAAAUAAUUUUGAUAAUCUUGAUUUUGAUUUUGAUUUGAUGCCUUGGGAGACAGGCAUUUGGGACAUCAACAAUCAAUUCUGUACAGUUAAAGAUAUUAAGGCAGAACCUCAGCCACUUUCUCCAGCCUCCUCAAGUUGUUCAGUCUCAUCUCCUCAGUCAGUGGACUCUUAUUCUUCGACUCAGCAUGUUCCUGAGGAGUUGGAUUUGUCUUCUACUUCCCAGAUGUCUCCCUUUUCCUUAUAUGGUGAAAGCUUUAAUAGUCCCUCCUCAGCAGAGCCACUGAAGGAAGACAAGCCCAUCAUUAGUCCUAAGAGCAAAACUGAAAAUGGACUGACUCCAAAGAAAAAAAUUCAGAUGAGUUCAAAACCUUCAAUUCAGCCCAAGCCUUUAUUACUUCCAGCAGCACCCAAGACUCAAACAAACCCCAGCGUUCCAGCAAAAACCAUCAUUAUUCAAACACUGCCAACACUUAUGCCAUUGGCGAAGCAGCAGCCAAUUAUCAGUAUACAUCCUGCACCCACUAAAGGUCAGACGGUGGUGCUCUCUCAGCCUACCAUGGUACAACUCCAGGCACCUGGAGUUCUGUCGCCUCCUCAACCAGUCCUUGCCGUCACUGGGGCAGCCACACAUCUACCUAAUCACGUGGUGAACGUGGUACCAGCCCCAGUGGCAAAUAGCCCAGUGAAUGGAAAGCUUUCUGUGACUAAACCUGUCCUACAAAGUACCAUGAGAAGUGUGGGUUCAGAUAUUGCUGUGCUAAGGAGACAGCAACGUAUGAUAAAAAAUCGAGAGUCAGCUUGUCAGUCCCGCAAGAAGAAGAAAGAAUACAUGCUAGGGUUAGAGGCAAGGUUAAAGGCUGCCCUUCUGGAGAAUGAGAAGCUGAAGAAAGAGAACGGAUCCCUGAAGCGGCAGCUGGAUGAAGUUGUAUCAGAGAACCAGAGGCUUAAAGUUCCCAGUCCGAAGCGAAGAGCUAUCUGUGUGAUGAUAGUUUUGGCAUUUGUAAUACUGAACUAUGGACCCAUGAGUGUGUUGGAACGAGAUUCCAGGAGAAUGAAUCCUGGUGUGAACCCUACAAAUCAAAGGAGGCAUCUUCUAGGAUUUUCUGCUAAAGAGGAGCAAGACACAUCAGAUGGUAUCGUCCAGAAAAACAGCUACAGAUAUGAUCAUUCUGUUUCAAAUGACAAAGCCCUGAUGGUGCUAACUGAAAAACCACUACUCUAUAUUCCUCCACCUCCCUGUCAGCCCCUGAUUAACACAACAGAAUCUCUCAGGUUAAAUCAUGAACUUCGAGGGUGGGUUCAUAGACACGAAGUGGAAAGGACCAAGUCGAGAAGAACGACAAAUAAUCAACAGAAAACCCGUAUUCUUCAGGGUGCCCUGGAACAGGGCUCAAAUUCUCAGCUCAUGGCUGUCCAAUACACAGAGACCACUAGUAUCAGGAACUCAGGGAGUGAGCUACAGGUGUAUUAUGCUUCACCCAGAAGUUAUCAAGACUUUUUUGAAGCCAUCCACAGAAGGGGAGACACGUUUUAUGUUGUGUCGUUUCGAAGGGAUCACCUGCUGCUACCAGCUACCACCCAUAACAAGACUACAAGACCAAAGAUGUCAAUUGUAUUACCAGCAAUAAACAUAAAUGAGAAUGUGAUCAAUGGGCAGGAUUACGAAGUGAUGAUGCAGAUUGACUGUCAGGUGAUGGACACCAGGAUCCUGCACAUCAAAAGCUCGUCAGUUCCUCCUUACCUCCGAGAUCAGCAGAGGAAUCAAACCAACACCUUCUUUGGUUCCCCUCCAGCAGCCACAGAGGCAGCCCACGUUGUCAGCACCAUCCCUGAGUCACUACAGUAG